AUGGAAAAUAGUGGAGAUGGGUCUUCUUCUCAGCCGGCCAUAGGGUUCCCUCUAGGCCUAGCUCUUCUGCUUCUCUUGUUAUUAUGCAUGAGUGGCUUCUUCUGUUGCUGCUACUACUGGGAUAAGCUCAGAAGCUGCCUUCAAUCCUCCUCUCAUGACUACACCAACGACACCCCACCACAUGCUGCUCUUUCACCCCCUCAACCCAUCAAUAAAGAAGAGAAAAAGAAUGAAGAAAGCUUAACAGUAUUGAUGCCAGGAGAUGAAAUCCCCAGGUUCGUGGCAUUGCCUGCUCCUCGUGGGCCUCCAAAAUUGGAAAAGAUCUCAGUGGCUUUGCACAUGCAACUUUGA